AUGUCCGACUUUGCAGGCUCAAAUGCGGAAGACUUGUCUCUACCAAGAGCAACGGUGCAGAAGAUAAUAGCAGAAAUAUUACCGAAAGAUAUCGCGAUAUCGAAGGAGGCAAGAGAGGCGAUAACGGAAUGCAGCAUAGAAUUCAUAAUGAUGCUAUCUACACAGCUGAAUGACAUAGCGGAGAAGGAAGCCAAAAAGACAAUAGCAUCGGACCAUGUGGUGAAGGCGUUGGGUGAACUUGAUUUCAAUAAUUAUCUUGAGAUAAUAAACAAAAUCCUUAGUGAGCAGAAGGAGCUUCUCAAGGGGAAGGAGAAGCGGAAUAACAAGUUCCAGAAUUCCGGAUUAAGCGAGGAAGAGUUGUUGAGGCAGCAGGAGGAACUAUUUAAAAAGUCGAGAGAUCGCUUGCAAAGCCAGUCGGGGUCGCCGAUACAUGACGUGAAGCUGGAGUGA